AUAUCCACGUCCAGAUCAAUUUCUCACUCCCGUCAGGAGGAAAAACAGAAAGAAUCAACCAUCGUUCUUUAUAACCUAUAUCUAAAACGAAAAAAAAAAAAAGGGGGGGGAGGAGAAAACAAUCAUGUCGAAACCGCAAGAGGUAAACUUCAUCACGGGCAACGCGAACAAGCUAUCCGAGGUGCGCGCCAUCCUCGAGCCCACCGGCAUUGCCGUGCGCAACCAGGCCCUCGAUCUGCCCGAGAUCCAGGGCUCGCUCGAGGACGUGACGCGCGAGAAGUGCCGCGUCGCCGCCGACCUGGUGGGCGGACCCGUGCUCGUCGAGGAUACCUGUCUCUGCUUCAACGCGCUGAACGGGUUACCUGGGCCGUACAUAAAAUGGUUCAUGAAGUCCAUCGGCCACGAGGGCCUCAACAACCUCCUCGUCGCGUACGACGACAAGUCAGCGCAGGCCGUCGCCACGUUUGGCUUCUGCGAGGGUCCGGGCCAGGAGGUGCUGCUGUUCCAAGGGCGCACGGAUGGAAAGAUAGUACCGGCGAGAGGCCCGACUCAUUUCGGCUGGGACGCAGUCUUCGAAUACGAAGGAGAGACCUACGCGGAGAUGGACAAGGCAAAGAAGAACAAGAUCUCUCAUCGCGGAAAGGCCCUCGAUGCGUUACAGCAGUGGAUGGCCAGUCGGGUCACGAAAUAAGUUGAAAAGAAAAAAGAAAAGCAAAACUUGUCAACACGGCUUGAUAUCACUGUUAAUUCGGUAAGGGACCUACCUAGUGAAUAAACAAUCAACUCUUAUGCCAUGGAAUGAA